GGUUUGGCCUCGUCAUGUCUCGCCCGUACAAUGAUGGAUACAAUGUUGUUUGGACGCGGAAAACAACUCUGCGACGUAGUGGAUGGUUCUGUAACUUGUGGUUUCUUAUGUGGUUCCAACGAUCCGUGGUAACAGUGCAAACAGUGACGAAACGGAUGCGAAACCAACCGACAAAAAACAAAAGCCCCCCGCAAAGCGGAUGGAAGUGGACCUAUUUCCUUGUGGUAAAGGAGUACGCGGUUUGGCCACGGUUUAGUCAUACGCUCGGUCACGGUGGUAGUAGUUGCGUCGGAUUUGUCUGAGUGUUUGUGCCCAUUUCGUCGUCGAUAUAUGGUGUAGUACAUACGGCCCGGUUCGUCAUGUAUUAUCCGCCCGAACACAUCAUCGGAACUUGAAACACAUCAAAAUCAACCACCCUGCGAAGGGGUCUUGCGCUGCGGGAAUGAACGCGAAAUCGUUUCGCUGAAAGUUUUUAGACCACACGGAGUUCGCACCGGAGUCGAGCAGAAUCGUUCGAGACGUUGGACCGAAAGGUUUACCCCAGCAAGAGGGCACCUGGCGCGCACCUGACUCGCGAUCCUUGAAGAAGAAGCAAAGAGCUAACGUUCCCCAUCAUCAGCUGGGACUUCUUGUUGUAGACCGAGCGUGUGUUCGAGCGUGUGCUUGUAGUGAAGUGCUAAAGUUUGACCGAGUCCGAGUCCGGGCAAGCUUCACUUGGUGGGUUAGCGCUUUAAGUGUUUCGUGGUGAAUAAAACCAUCGAACUGUGGAAGCGAUGAACGUACCGGUACGGAUCGGUUCCGUGUGUGGUUAGAUACAAUCGUGUCUCUUAGUUUCGAGUACGGGUGGAAAGUUUUGGCUAGCAGCACACAAUGGAUAAGUCGAAAAAACCGCCGGCUACGGCUGGCGGUGGUUCCGGUGCGGCCGGAACCGGUGGUACAGGCCCUGGCGCACCGGGCGGUGGGCCUGGUAAGGCCGGAGGUCCGGCCGGCGGUGGUGGCAAGGGACCGGGCGGCAAGGGACCGCCGAAAGGAAAGCCCAGCGAUAGUGACGCACCGGGAGCCAGCGGUAAGGCGGAGGGUGAGUCGGGCACUGCCAAGGAUGACUCCUCCGCCAACGGUGAUAAAAAGUCGGAUAAGGCUGACACUGAGCAGCCAUCGCAGCCGAAGCCUGGCAGUGCCGGUGCGACGGUCCGCGACGGUGCCCAGAAAGUUCUUAAUCUGGCAAUGAAAAGCGAAUGGGCUCCCGUUGAAGCUGUGCUGAAAGGCUUGGAAAAGGCGGUUGCCGCCGGCGGCGAUGACUCCAAUCAAACCCCACUAGCCGGGGUGCUUGAUCCGGCCACCGGUAUGACACCCCUGAUGUUCGCCGUCAAGGAUAAUCGAACACCCAUCCUGGACAGGAUGCUCGAGCUCGGUUCGGAUGUUGGCGCCAGGAACAAUGACAAUUACAAUGUGAUACAUAUUGCUUCCAUGUACUCUAGAGAGGAUGUAGUUAAAUUACUUUUACAAAAGCGAGGAGUGGAUCCAUAUUCAACUGGUGGGUCACGGCAACAAACGGCCGUACAUUUGGUAGCUAGCAGACAGACGGGCACAGCGACCGCAAUUUUACGAGCGCUGCUAACUGCGGCUGGUAAGGACAUACGAACAAAGACUGAUGGUAAAGGAAAGAUCCCGCUACUGUUGGCCGUCGAGGCUGGCAACCAGUCGAUGUGCAGGGAGUUGCUCUCAUCCCAGACGGCGGAUCAGCUGAAGGCCACAACUACCAAUGGCGACACGGCACUACAUUUGGCCGCCAGGCGGAAGGACGUCGAGAUGGCUCGGAUAAUCAUCGACUACGGUGCCAACGUGGACGUGCAGAAUGGCGAAGGUCAAACUGCGCUCCACAUUGCAGCGGCCGAGGGUGAUGAGGCGAUGGUGAAGUACUUUUACACCGUGCGAGCCUCGGCAGGAAUCACCGAUUUUCAAGAUCGUACACCAAUGCAUCUGGCAGCUGAAAAUGGACAUGCGUCAAUCAUUGAAAUUCUGGCGGAUAAGUAUCGCGCUAGUAUCUACGAACGAACCAAGGAUGGUAGUACACUGAUGCAUAUCGCCUCACUGAACGGUCAUGCCGAGUGUGCAACGACGUUGUUUCGCAAGGGUGUCUAUCUUCAUAUGCCAAACAAGGGAGGUGCACGAAGUAUCCACACCGCGGCCAAGUACGGCCAUGUGGGUAUUAUCAGUACGCUGCUGAACAAGGGUGAAAAAGUGGACGUCCCAACGAAUGAUCACUACACUGCCUUACACAUUGCUGUUCAAUCGGCCAAACCAGCCGUGGUGGAAACACUACUCGGUUUUGGUGCCGAAGUACACGUCCGGGGCGGACGGUUACGGGAGACGCCGCUACAUAUAGCGGCACGCGUCCGUGAUGGAGACCGGUGCGCGUUGAUGUUGCUAAAGUCCGGAGCAGGUGCCAACAAAACUACCGACGACGGUCAAACGCCUGUCCACGUGGCCGCAAAAAACG